AUGGCUCAGGGCCUUUGUCCAGGAGGCCGCGAAGUUGAGCUUUUCAACGAAUACUACUUUCGGCCCCUGCGGGAGCGUGCGGGGGUGCCUGAAGAUUUCAUAAAUAGUUGGUCAAUCGAUGGCUUAUCUGCAGGUGGUGGGAAAGGUGGGACUCUAAUGGCUCGCUUGGACAACUUCAUUGUGAAAGAGCUCAGCAAAGGAGAUCAUCAAACGCUCUUGCGGAUCACCGAAAGCUUUAGCGAGCACCUGAGGACUGGCAAGUCCUUGCUGUCGCCCAUUUUUCUGCACUUUAGAGAUAAGGCCACUAAGCGCACCUUUUUUGCCAUGCGGAAUUGUGUUGGCCAAGGGCCUUUCAAGGCACUGUAUGAUCUCAAAGGUUGCGCAGAUGACAAGACGUUGGAAAAGGAUGGCAUCGUCAUCCCAGCAGUCCACAAGCGAAUUUGGAAUGUGGCCAUGUGGAGCAGUUGCUGUUGGUCCUCGGCUCGACGACGCUAUCACCGGGGCAAGGUGGAAGCCCGCAAGGCGCAGCUCUUCGUGACCUCCACUCAGAAGGAUUCGGUCUUGGAGGCGUUGCGACGGGAUGUGUCCUAUUUGGCCGGGCAGCGGCUGAUGGACUACAGUCUUCUCGUGGCCAUCAAAGACCUGAAGGACGAAGGCACCAUCGGUUUGCCCAGUGGACAGCCCUUCAUCCGCCAAACGAAAGAUGGCCCUGUUGCAGUGCACAUUGCCAUCAUUGACUUCUUGCAACGCUGGACCAUGGGGAAGCGUGUGGCUCGUGCCAUCAAAGUCUUUGAGAAGAACAAGGCGACGAUUCCGCCCCGCGCCUACGCUGCACGCUUUGCAGUGCACUUCACGCAACAGGUGGUGGCGGUGGAGGAGGAGUUUGCCGAUUUCAAGGUCAACGGCUUGAUGGCACUCUCACCAAAGGGUCCAGAGGAGCCACUGCCAGACUUCCACUUGGAAAAAGCAGAGGAGCCUUUGACCUUCCAUCCGGUUCCCGUCGAAUCCGUGGCCCGCUUAGAGGAACCUCGGGUCAACAGCCUUCGGGAGGACAACAAGACCGCAGAGAUCAACAACAUCGAGGCCAUCUCGAGGGCUCUCGAGGGCUGGAACUGUACAG